CUACCGAAACAACCAUAAAACACAAAAUGGACCCGUGUGAAUCAAUGCCCAAAUCGGACACAAUCAAACUCCGCAACAAACACAUCGGCAAAUCCUGCCAGCUAUUCUACCGCACGGACCCGUUGAAGAUAGUGCGCGGCCAGGGGCAGUACAUGUACGACGAACAGGGAGCACGGUACCUCGACUGCAUAAACAACGUCGCGCACGUUGGACACUGUCAUCCGAAGGUGGUUGAAGCCGGAACGCGCCAGCUCGCGACACUUUCCACCAACAAUCGGUUCCUGCACGAUGAGCUCGUCAAAUGUGCCCAAACGCUUGCCCAGAAGAUGCCCGGCAACCUGUCCGUCUGUUACUUUGUCAAUUCGGGCUCGGAGGCAAACGAUCUUGCAUUGCGGCUCGCUCGUCAACAUACUGGACGCCACGAAGUGAUUACGCUCGACCAUGCAUACCAUGGUCACGUUUCAGCCGUGAUGGACAUCUCGCCGUACAAAUUCAAUCAACCGGGUGGUGAUCCUAAACCAGAUUUUGUCCAUGUGGCUCCGUGCCCUGAUGUCUACCGCGGAAUGUACCGGGACUGUGACUUCCCAGAGGGAACUGACCUGGGUCAGCUGUACGCCGACGCGGUACAACGCAUUGUCGAACGUAGUUCUACCGGGAUAGCUGCCUUCAUUGCGGAAAGUUUACAGAGUUGCGGUGGGCAAAUCAUCCCACCGGUUGGCUACUUCCAGAAGGUGUACGAUGCAGUUAGGAAAGCUGGAGGUGUAACGAUUGCCGAUGAGGUGCAAGUUGGUUUUGGUCGGAUCGGUACGCACUACUGGGCUUUCGAAACGCACGGUAUCAUUCCAGAUAUUGUGACGGUCGCAAAACCGAUGGGUAACGGACAUCCGGUGGGUGCGGUCGUAACCACACCAGAAAUUGCGGAAAGUUUCGCCUCGACCGGUGUUUGCUACUUCAACACGUACGGUGGAAAUCCAGUCUCGUGUGCGAUUGCAAAUGCGGUUAUGCAAGUGAUCGACGAGGAACAGCUGCAGGAGAACGCUCUGCGUGUGGGACGCUAUCUGUUCGACCAGUCCAAAGCUCUCGCGUACGAAUAUCAACUAGUAGGAGAUGUGCGUGGAACCGGUCUAUUUAUUGGUAUCGAGCUAGUGCAAGAUCGACAACGCCGUACGCCGGCCACCCGGGCCGCUAAGGCCGUUGUUGAGCGAAUGAAAACCGUGCACCGGAUACUGGUAAGCAGUGACGGACCGGAUGAUAACGUCGUCAAGCUAAAGCCGCCGAUGGUUUUCAACACCGACAAUGCGGACGAAUUCUUGUGCGCUUUCCGUGAGUGCCUUACCUAUAUGGAGCAGCAGCAGCUACAGCAAAUUAAUACUACACCGGAAGGGGUUCCAACCACGCCGGUACGAGUGACACACCCACUAGCAACCGGUGGCAUCCUUCAGCCAAACCCUAUCAACCGCGCCCAGCACGACACAUCAACACUUAUCAAAUCGAUCUAG